GCCAGUAGAGCACCUUUGCUGAAAGGUUGAGGCUAGUUUUACACUUUGGUACCAACUUAAAUUUUUAACUUCCGUUUUUUUCGACUAUUUUUAAAGGGGAUACACGUUUGUCUCGUAAAUCAGACAUUUUUGGUGUGGUAUCAUCAGUUUGUGGAGCUUAAAGGUUUAUUAGGAUGUCUGGAUCAGGGAGAAUCCCAGGACAGUGAAGCUGCCAGAUGUAAUAAUGGACAUUUUUUGUUGAGAAGCAGAGCUUGUGUUCUUUAUUGUCAUCAUUCGCGAUGGGUCAGCGACUCAGUGAGGAUUCGGACGAUAAAGAGAUUGAUGCUGCUGAACUGCAGGAGUGGUAUAAAAAGUUUGUGGUUGAAUGUCCGAGCGGAACCCUCUUCAUGCACGAGUUCAAGAGCUUCUUUGGUGUAACUGAAAACCCAGAAGCCGCCGAUUAUAUAGAAAACAUGUUUCGUGCAUUUGAUAAAAAUGGGGACAACACUAUUGAUUUUCUGGAAUACGUUGCGGCCUUGAAUCUAGUGCUGCGAGGAAAGUUGGAGCACAAACUGAAAUGGACUUUUAAAAUGUAUGACAAAGAUGGGAGCGGCUGCAUCGACAAAACAGAGCUCAAGGAGAUUGUGGAGUCAAUCUACCGACUAAAGAAAGCCUGCCAUGGUGAACUUGAUGAAGAGUGUAACCUACUGACCCCAGAUCAGGUGGUGGACCGAAUAUUUGAGCUAGUGGAUGAGAAUGGAGAUGGGGAGUUGUCUCUGGAUGAGUUCAUUGAUGGGGCACGACGUGACAAGUGGGUCAUGAAGAUGCUGCAAAUGGACGUGAACCCCGGGGACUGGAUCAAUGAACAGAGACGCCGCAGCGCCAACUUCUGAGCUCCAUUUUCAUCAAAACAACCCUUAACAUAAGCCUACCCCUUAACUAACAUAUACACAGCAUGCAUAGUUUCUCAAGUUCAGUCUUAGUCGUGGUUCAUUCAAGUGAAUUUAAGCCAUCAGCACUUUUUUUUUAAUGUAGUGGUGAUUUAUUCCAUCUACAUGUAAAUAUUCAUGUUUUCUUUAUUGUUUCUUUCAUUCUUGUUGUUAGGAUUUGUGAAAGGCUCACUUUCACGACUGACUGGAUUUCUGACUUUUAUUAUUAUUAUUCUUCAGAUGAGGUGCAUCUGAGUUUACUGUAUGUGGCAAAUUACUCAAAUUUAUAAACAACCAAUUAACUUCAAAUUGGCAUAUCUGGUGUUUGUAAAUACAUGAAUAUUGUAAAGAAUGAAGUCUCCGGAAGGUCACAAUUGUAAAAGUAUUUGCAUUUGUAAAUGUCUCAAAAAUAAAAACUCAUCAAUUAUAAAUUUAAUGUACUAUUAAUGAAUUUGUAUUUUUUUCAUUUAUUACAAGGUCAUGCUUGUGUUUGGAA